CAGAAAAGUUAAGGAUUCAUCAUGGGAGCAUGGACUUCACGUUCGAGGACCCGCGACCUGUCAGAAAUCAGCAAGUUGGAGGAGUUUAUUGUCAAGGACACCAUGGUCCUUUUCAUAGACGGAAACGAGAAGUCUAUCGAGUUGUGUGUGGGCGAUAUGAGUAAAAUGGGCACGCGUAACAAGGUGGACAUUUUGAUGUUGUCCUGCCUACCGGGACGCUAUGACACACCCAAGGGCACCGUCGUACACUCUCUGCAGACGAACCUCGGAGUGAACUUAGCAGACCUGGCGAAGGACAAAGAAGUAGACAGGAGAGACACAUGCAAGUGCUGGUGGUCCAAGAAUCUCGGCCAGAUUUACCUCCCCUUUGACAGAGUCUUGUGCUACGAAUCAGGGGACCAUAAACCAAAUACCGCUGAUCUAGCAAGCACUGUUUUCAAGUGUCUGAAGGAUAUCUCCAUGGAGCAAGAGUGUAAGAUCGCAACUUCUCUGCUCAACACAGGACGACAGAAUGUGGGUGAAGUUGAAAUGCUUGAGAUCCUUGUGGAAGCAGCGAUUCUUGCCAUGGGGGACGGGCUGAAUCUAACACAGAUGAUGGUGUUCAUCAACGGGAAAUACAAGGCCGAGGGAAAGUGCGAGCCACAGACGCGCAACUUCAAAGAAAUUUGCGCCAAAUUUGAUCAGUUGAAAUCCAAACAUACUGUCGGAUGAGUGCUAUAGCCUCUGAUGUCAUGUAUAUGAUGUAUAAAGAAACAUGUGAUUCUGUCUAAAUGAACGGUGAAAUUGCAGAAAGAAAAAAAAAUCGGUUUUUUAACUUCGACAAAUAGCAUUUGAAGACUUGACGUGCGAGACACCGUAAACAUACGUCUUUGUUGUUAUUGACAGAAUCCUAAG